CCUCUGGAAGUAAAACAACCUCUUGGAUGUCUCUUGAUUAAAUUAUGACUCAAUAUUGUGGGUUUAGAAGCAGAGAAUCCACCCAGUUUGGUGGGAACCAUGGAGAAGGUGCGAAGAGCAGAGCGCAGGGAGCAGCUGGCAGCUGAUCUGAGCCCGCAGAGCUCCUGGCAGGGAUACAGCGACAUGCCAUCGUGUUUCCAGGAUGAUCCCUAUGCUGAGUCAUCCAUCCUUUCUGGCACACAGUCAGACCUUCCCAUGGAUCAGAGGGAAGCGAGGAGGCUGGUGAUGAAGAGGAAGGUGCUGAGGCACAGACCUGAUGGAAGGGUGGAGGUCUCCGAAGAGUCACCGAGCAUCAAGUCAGAUAUAAACACCUGUCCAUGGAACCUGGGGCAUUCCAGGACUUACAUGGAAGACGCCAUCUCCGAAGGGGGAACAGAGACCACCAGCGGCAACUUGGAGGACUUCCUGCACUAUGAGGAUGAUGAGUGGUUCCUUGAGGACAGGCCUUACUCUCUUCUGGGGGAUUUUGGGAGCAACACUGCAUCCGAGCGCGCCAUGCCCCCCGAGCGAUUGCCCGUGGUGCCCGCUUACAUUGCUCCUCAGGCUGAGAGAGUGAGGAGAACUGACCCGGUGGCCAGGCUCAAUGCGUACAGGCAGGACUGGCAAAGGUUCCGCUUUCCCGGGCAGGAUUCCCACCAGGGCUUGCGCUGGGCCAUGCGGACGCAGAUGCUGCAGUCGGGGCUGCCGCGCCAGGUGCAGAAACGCCUCGUGCCCAACACGUACGAGGUGCCCACGACGAAGAAGCGCGACUCGCUGCGCUUCGGCGUGCGCUACGACCUGGCCCACUGCAACAUGCCCCGCCGGAACACCACCUCCUAGAGCCACAGCCCCGCUGCUUGCUUCUCCUCAACAUCCUCCCUAGGCUGGAAAAUCCCCCGGUGCACUUCAAGCAGCUUAAGUUUUGGUGUGGAGGAGGUUUUCUUUGCAAUGUCUCGGCAGUAUCUUUCUCAAUAAAGCAUUUGCAAAGA